AUGAGUGCAGAUCACGAGGCCCGUAAAGAACUCGGUUUUGACCCCGAUGCCCUGCGUGAAAAAUAUCGCAUUGAGCGGGAUAAACGGCUGCGUGAAGACGGCAAUGAACAGUAUGUUGAGGUAAAAGGGCAAUUCAGCCAUUACGUUGAAGACCCCUAUAUUACGGACAGAAUUCAGCGGGAGCCGCUGACCGAUGAAGUCGACGUUGCGAUCAUUGGUGGUGGCUUUGGCGGUCUGCUGGCGGGUGUUCGAUUGCGUCAGGCGGGUGUGGCAAACAUUCGCAUGAUUGAAAAGGGUGAUGAAUUCGGCGGCACCUGGUACUGGAAUCGUUAUCCCGGUGCAGCAUGUGAUAUUGAAUCUUAUGUGUAUCUGCCUCUGCUGGAAGAAACCGGUUACAUUCCGCCGAAAAAGUACGUUGAAGGCGCUGACAUCAUGGCUUACAGCCAGCAGAUUGCUAAACAGUGGAAUCUCUACGAUGACGUCUGUUUUCAAACUGAAGUUCAGGAAUUGCGCUGGGACGAAGCGGCACAGCGCUGGAUCAUCAAGACCAAUCAGGGCGACGCGAUGAAAGCGCGUUUUGUAAUUUCAUCCAAUGGUCCUUUGAACCGUCCCAAGUUGCCUGGUAUUGAAGGCAUCGACAGCUAUCAGGGUCAUACCUUUCACACCAGUCGCUGGGAUUAUGCUUAUACCGGCGGUGACGCACACGGCAACCUGACAGGUUUGAAAGACAAACGCGUGGGUAUCAUCGGCACGGGUGCCACCGCGGUGCAGUGUGUUCCGCACCUGGGUGCAGCGGCGAAAGAGCUGUUUGUUUUUCAGCGCACGCCUUCCUCUAUCGAUGAGCGCAAUGACAAGCCAACAGACGAAGAAUGGGUGAAAAGCCUGAAGCCGAACUGGCAUCAGGAACGCAUGGAUAAUUUCAACACGCUGGUUUCCGGUGGUGUGACGGAUGAAGACCUGGUGAACGACGGUUGGACAGAAAUCAUUCGCAAUCUGCUGUUGAUGAUUCGCAACGAAGACGAGCCGGAUAUGUCCAUGGAAGCGAUCAUGGAAAAAAUGGAGCUUGCAGAUUUUCAGAAAAUGGAAUCUAUCCGUUCCCGUGUUGAAGCGGUGAUCGAAGAUCCGGAAACUGCGGAACACCUGAAACCGUAUUACCGGCAAUUCUGUAAAAGACCCUGUUUUCAUGAUGACUACCUGCCGACCUUCAAUCGGGAGAACGUGCAUCUGAUUGAUACCGAAGGCAGAGGCAUUGAUCGCAUCACACCAAAAGGUAUUGUUGCCAACGGUGUGGAGUACGAGUUGGACUGCAUUAUUUUUGGAACGGGUUUUGAGGUGGGUACUGAAUACACCCGUCGCUGCGGUUAUGACACUUAUGGGCGUGAGGGCAAAAGUCUGAGUCAGCACUGGGCAGAUGGCGCGCGCACCUAUCAUGGCCUGCACAGCUCCGGCUUCCCUAACAGUUUUAUGAUGGGGACGUUGCAGACCGCAUUCACCGCCAAUUACCCCCAUUCGCUGAAUGAACAGGCAAAGCACAUAGCCUACAUCGUUAACCAGUGUAUGGAAGGUAAUCAUCAGGUGGUUGAAGCUACAGCGGAUGCUGAGCAGGAGUGGGUGGAUACCAUUAUCUCGCUGGCGAGGAUGAACGAGAAAUUUCUCGCCGACUGCACACCAGGUUAUUACAACAACGAAGGUAAGCCGACGGAGCGUUCUCAGCAGAACACGUCGUAUGGCGCUGGCCCGGUUGCUUUCUUCAAGAUGCUGGAAGACUGGCGCGCUGAAGGCAUGAUGAGUGGCUUACAACUCAAGUGA